GCCCGUACUCGCCUCUCUCCUUAUCGAUCGCCCUCGCCUGCCUGCCUUCCUUCGUAGGUGCGCCACCCCUGCCCCUCGAAGGUGACAUCUGACCAGCGAACAGCUGAUCGGAUCCGAACGCCGCCUGUCGCAGCCCACUGACCGACCUCGGUCCUCGCGUGAUUGCGCCGCAGAUAAUUGGCAGAGCUCUGCUUGGAGAAAUGAUUUCGAUAGCUCGGGUUUCUUUCCUCAAAAGACUGGUGGUGAGCCGCCGGCUUCUUUUGUCCACUGAAACAGCUGCAAGUCAUACGGAUGAUGACAUAAAAAUUAGUGACAGCUGUGUGGAAAGACUGAAAGAAAUCACUUCAAAUGGUAACGAACACCUUCGCAUCACAGUCGAAGGCGGUGGCUGCUCUGGCUUUCAAUAUAAAUUUGAUAUUGACAACCAAAUCAACAGUGAUGAUAGGAUCUUAAAAAAGGACGGAGUUCAAGUUGUUGUAGACGAAACAUCGUUGGAAUAUUUGAAAGGCUCCACAAUUGAUUUCCAAAAGGAAUUGAUUAGAUCUGCGUUUAGAAUAGUCAACAACCCCAAAGCCGAGAUGGGCUGCUCAUGUGGAGCUUCGUUUUCCAUCAAAUUGGAUUAAACUUGAUAAUAAUUGUACAUAAUGGGAACCGUGGUUAUACAGAGAAAAACUCGUUUGUGAUCCGAGGAUGAGUCUUUAAUGUAAUUAAUAAGUUUUGUUGAAGAAUACAAAAAUUUAAUCGCAGGAA